GCCCCUCACUGACAGCCAGAAAAUCUGCCACUGUUGUCGUUUCUUUUAACCCUGGGACCGAAAAACCCUCGGGUUCCCCCCUCCGGCUCCUCCGGAGGGCAGCCGAGGCGGCGCUCCGCAGGAAGGCGGCGCUCAGCCGCUGCCCUGCCCCUGCCCGCACCGCCGGAGCUAUGGUGGUGCCGCCGCUGCUCCGCGCCGUCAUCAUGGGGCCCCCGGGCUCCGGGAAAGGCACCGUCUCCGCUCGGAUUAUCAAACAUUUCGGGAUGAAGCACCUCUCCAGCGGCGACCUGCUGAGAGACAACAUGCAGAAGAGGACAGAAGUUGGAAUCCUUGCCAAGUCCUACAUUGAUCAGGGGCAGCUUAUUCCAGAUGACAUCAUGACACAACUAAUGCUGAAUGAGCUAAAAGGUCUAGAUCAGUACAACUGGAUGUUGGAUGGUUUCCCCAGAACGGUUGCUCAGGCAGAAGCCCUGGACAAAGAAUGUCAAAUAGACACUGUGAUUAACCUAGAUGUGCCAUUUGAGACCAUAAAAUGUCGGCUCACAGCACGCUGGAUCCACCCUGCCAGUGGCAGAGUCUAUAAUCUGGAAUUCAGUCCUCCCAAAGUGCAGGGCAUUGAUGAUAUUACUGGAGAGCCACUUGUUCAGCGUGAUGAUGAUAAUCCAGAGACGGUUAUGAAGAGGCUGCAGGCUUACGAUGCACAAACAAAACCUGUUCUAGAAUAUUACCGGGAAAAAAGGUUACUGAAAUCCUUCUCUGGAACAGAAACUAAUAAGAUCUGGCCACAUAUCUAUGCUUUCCUCCAAACCAAGUUGCCAGAUGUAAACCAGAAAGAUGCUGCCACUACCAGGUGAAAAUAGGUCUAACUUCUGCUCAUCUGUCAUAGUUCACACUUGAUUUCAUGAGAUUCAGCAGUCAAGGAUUUCUCUUAAGUAGCCUACCCAACUGAUCGGCAAUUAAAGUCCAAUGUUGUCCUUAACUUACAUUAUGAUAAAACUUUGUGUGUGUGGUUCUCACUUUAAUGCUGUAUUUUUUUAUGUUAAAUAUACCUAAUUUUUUAAUAUAGUACUUCAACAACUUUUAAUAUAGACUUCAACAAAAGCA